AUGUCGCUCCAAGGACUGGUUUCUGGCUCAGAGUGCGCAGUGCCGUUCAACCCUCUCUCCCAGGUGUUGAAGCACACCGAAGGAGACCGCAGUGUGCAGCAGUUGCACCACUUGCCUACCACCACAGGUCCCGCUACUGCAGAGCAAGACCGCUCCCUUGCACGACAGUUCUUUGAAGGGGCACCGCAGAAUGGCAUGCCCAAUGGCUUUAGCACAAUGCCUCACGUCCUGCCACCACAGAUGGCCCUGCAUGCACCGCGUGUUGCCCCUGCGGACCUUAACGGAGCAUGGGUGGAGGUACAUGAUCGCGGGCUCAUGAUGAACCAAGAGCAUGCGCAGGGCUCGUCUGGAUGGGCAUCUGAAUUUGGGGGCGCAUCGCACAUCCUUCCGUCUGGCCCUGUGCCGCAGGGGCAAGGCUUUCAGCAGCAGCAGCAGCCGUCCUACAUGUCGUCUAUGACAUCUGGGAUGUACGGCAUGCGCCAGGGUAUGAUGUAUCCCAUGAAUAUGGGCGCUGUCAUGAGUCCGCCUCCCAUACAGGCAACUGACAAGGGCAAAGGCAAGAACCGCGAGAUCGACUUCGACGCUGCAUUCGCUCAGCUGGAUGAGGCCCUCGGGCCGAGCCCAGAGGAAGCUGCGCGGGUAGCAGAAUUCGAUGAUGUCGCGGACCUUUCAGAGGCUAUGGAGAGGGCUCAGCUCCGCGAGGCUGCAGAGCAGAACAAAGAAAGAGUUGGUUCGGAUUUCGAGACAGUUUGGGACCAUCUGAAGAGCUCUGAACUCCCACCGCCAGACGAAGAGCUCGCGAAAUGGGAAGCUCAGUACCGGGAGCUCAUGGAAUCUCAUCGGUCGGACAUGGACUUUGAUUACGGCGCUAGUUUGGGAGAAGCUUGGAGGAAUAGCGAGUUCGAUGAUGAGUUUACCAAAACUAUGUUCGAUGACGAGGGCGUCCCACAACUGCAGCCUUACAUGUUUGAACCGGAGAACAAGUACAUGGAUCCGUCUACGCACACGUCUUCUUCCCUGAAUGACGCCAAGGCCCUACUUGAGCAAGGCGGAUCAUUGACAGAAGUCGGUCUCAUGCUAGAGGCCGCUAUUCAGAAGGGCGACCUUGGUCGAGGCGGUUACGAAGCAUGGAUACUACUUGGCGAGGUUAGGAGUAUGGACGAGCGCGAGGACGCAAGCAUGCGCGCCCUGAACGAGGGUGUCAAGAGAGCGGUCGAGACUGGCGCAGCUGGAGAAGGCAUGAUUUCCCUCGCUAUCUCGUUCACGAACGAAAACUACGAGCGCGCCUCUCAUACAAUGCUGCUACGCUGGUUGCACGCGCGCCACCCGGAGUUCCCGAUUCCUCAAGAAGCAUGGGACACUCUGCGCGGCUCCGCCUGGGCCUCGCACGAGCGCGUUACGGAGACAUUUAUCAACCUCGCACGCGAGCAGCACGGCCGUGGUGAACUAGACGCUGACGUACAGAUCGGUCUUGGUGUUCUCUUCUACACCCAUGGCUUGUAUGAUCGUGCCAAGGACUGUUUCGAGACAGCACUCAGCGUGAGGCCCAACGACUAUUUGCUAUGGAAUCGUCUGGGCUCCAGCUUGUCUAAUGGAAGUAAACCGGAAGAAGCUCUUGGGGCGUACAAACAGGCCCUACAGCUUCGGCCGACGUAUACUCGUGCUAUCUAUAAUGUUGGCGUUGCUUGCUUGAACCUCGGUGCACACAAAGAAGCUGCCGAACACUUCCUGAGCACUCUUGUCAUGCAGGAUUCGGACGGCAAAGGCACGAAGAGUGACCAGGUCUGGAUAACUCUGAGUAAAACAUUCACCGCCAUGGACCGGCCUGAUCUCGCCGACAGAGCACGGGCCGGUGCAGACCUCGAAGUAUUUCGUAGGGAAGGCUUCGAUUUCUAG